UGCGGCCUAGCGGCGCCCAGCCUCGCUGUACAUACAGCCUGGGGAACAGGCCGGAACCAAUUUUAUCUUUCCCAAACCUCAGGUUUUUUUAACGCCAGCACAGCACUGGUAGCUCUUAGUUUUCUCGUUCCAGCCUUCAGCCCUCUCGCGAUCUCGCCCGCCUGCGACCACAGAACGACUCUUCGAUCUCUCGCCCGCGCCAUUGCACUCGCCAUCUCCUGCCGCCCGCAGCACCUGUUUGACCACAUCUCACACCUGCCCAGACACCCACCCACCCGUGUCUGCCUCUUCCAAACCUCGUCAGUCGACCCACGAUUGACCCUGCACCUCGACCAACACCCCGCGCCUCGGUACACGAUCACGACCCGUGGGACACGUCCAACCAUGCCGUCCAAUCUCCCAUCAAGCUUUGCCUCGGCCGCUGCCGGCCAGAAUGCAAACCGCGAUGCGAGAGGUGGUAGGAGUGAUGGAAGGCCAUCUGCUGGAGGCGAAUGGUCUCGGAGAGAUGGCCGUUCAGCCAACGGCACCCUGACUUUCCGCCGCUCCUCUACCACGCCUCUGAGCCAGUCCUCAAACCCCCCGCCUGCGAACGACAAUGCUGUCCAGCCUCCCAGCGUCGAGGAGACCUCUAUCGCACAGCCCACGACGUACGAAAUCGGUCCCUCACGUUAUACCAAGGACGACCUGCUCGAGAUGUACCAGUCCCAGAGGCCUACCGGUAACCCCUCUCACCUGUUCAUCCCAGGUUGGGACCCGAGCAACACCGGUGGCGCUGGUGCAAGGGGCUGGGGGAAGAGCAACGAGAACCACGUGCCUCAGGAUCCCGGCACUUGCUGGGAUGCCAACGGCCAGACGGCUCCCAUAGGGCUCUCGGCAUUUUCUGAGGAGGAGAAAGAGGCCUUUUCUUCCGAUAUCAACUCCCCGCUCAAGCCUCCCACGCAAGCCAAAGAAGGCCACCAGGCUGCCGUCAACGGGCGCAAACCGUCUCUUUCCCAUGCCCCAGGAAGCACUUUUGGGGUGAGCUCUCCGUCGUCCGCCGUCCGACCCAGCACUCGCCGACGAGAAACGGUCGAUUCCAACCCGUUCAGCCCGAGCAAUGUUGCGUCGCCGACCGCCAGUCGGUUUUCGCGUGAUGACCCCUGGUUUUCGCGAAAGACCGGCGAUCUGCGAGAGUCCGACGUUGAUGAUCCCGAAAGCGCCGAAUCGGCAUCGCGCGAUGCCCCAAAGCCAGCGAUUCCUAGCUUACUGCGAGCCAACACCUCGACCGGUGUGAGCAUGACGUCAAUGUGGCCAUCCUCCAGCAUCUCUGGCGCUGCUGGUGCCAUUGGCGACAAGCGGCCGGGAGGUGCCGGUGGAGGCAGUCGACUGGCUCACCUCAUCCCCAAGGACAGUGGUGAAAGCUCCGCGAGCAAACCUUCCGAGGCCCAGAACCCUCCAGCUCAGCAGUCUUGGCGCAGCAGGCCCCGGACUGACACCGAUCCGUUUGGGGGUGAUGAGGUGACUGGCAGCGCUGCCCUUGGGGGGGAUGCUGCUCCGGAAGCUCAGCCCCCUUCCAGCCGAGCGCCGCUCUUUGGCUCCACUGGUGACUUUGGCAUGUCCAACUUGAACCUGGGCGGCUCGCCUUCCGGGACCAAUGGCCCUGCUAGCCCCUCGGAAACGAACCCAUACCGCAGCCCCCCGGCUGAGCGUCACGAUAACGAAGGUCCCUCUGAUUCGGGCGCCGGAGACAAGGUUCACGGCGUGGGCCACGAGCAGCCACACUCUAAUUAUAGCACGCUUUCCAGAGGGUUCGGCGCCGCCUUUGAUGGAAGCGACCGUAGCCAGACGUCCAGCGUAGGCGCCAAAGCCUACCUGUCCGGCUGGCCUGCGCCGGCUGGAGCGUUUGGCAGCUCUCUCUUUAGCCCAAUGGGCGUGUUUGGACCAUCCAACACCGGUAGCAUCGCCCAGAUGCAAGCGCAUGAGCACGAGAGCAGCCUUUCCGACUCUCUUGGCGACCUACGACAGAGCAACCCGCUCGGUGCCAUUGGUCGAGGCAACUUUACGGUACCGACUCGAGACACCGACAGCCCCAUGCGAUCCAACCGCGGGGUCUUUGAGGAGCUGUUCCCCUCUAACGCCGGACAGCCUGGCAUCGCCGCUGGAGCGCCUCAGUCGUUUACGCCGGCCGGCGUGGAGCCACCAUCUGCUCAGGUUCGCCAAAUGGGCCAGAUUCAAGGUCCGUUCACCGGGCUGGAGAUGAAUGACUGGUACAAAGCCAACUUCUUCACCCCCGACCUACGAGUGAAGAAGGUGGAAGACCCCGAAUUCGAGCCUCUCGGCCAGCUCAUCAGACGCAUUGGCAACUCCCGCGAGCCAUUCUUGGUUCCCCAGAUCGGCAUUGCUCACGGACCUCCAAUGCAGAGCGGCCCAUUUGGACCUGGUACCGGAAGUGGCAUCAUCCCGCCCCUCAGCGGUCAAAACAACCUCGAGCGUCGCAAACAAGAAGAGCAGUUCCUCAUGGCCCAGCAACGAGAUUUUAUGAUGCGACAACAGGCCAUGGCCAAGUUUCAGAUACAGCCAAGCCUCCAGCAUCACUCCAGUGCUCAUAGCCUCCAGAGCCAACCGAGCUUCGGUAGCAUGACAUCGCCUCUGGGAGUUCCUCAGCAGCAACAUCACCAGCUGCCGCAUCAACAGCCCAUUGGGCCCCUGGGCGGCGGCCAGGCCACUGUAUUCGACACCCAUCCCGGUGCCGCCAACCCCGCUGCCGUCCGCGCCUCCAUGGGAAACGGCGAGCUUUUCAGGCCCGAGGACCUGGGCGAGCCUGCCGGUACUGAAUCUGGUGCGCCUCAGCCCAUUGAAGCUAACGAGCUGAAGGAGGACGAUGAAGGUUUCAAAGAUCGCUUGAAAGAAUUUGAAGAUCUUCGCGCCGAGCAUGACGCCCAGCAAGCUGCUGUAGCGGCGAUCGAGGAACAGCAAGAGAUCUCCGCAAAGCCGGAAGAGACGACGACUCGAAGCGAACCCAUCGCCCCAGCUACCAAGGCUGGCAAAGGAUCCAAGAAGAAGGCCCCGGUGGAAGAGGCGACGUCGUCACUGUCUCUGACCCAGCAGGUCCAGAAGACUCAGCAAGCCUCCCAGCAGACUACCAUGACCCCUCUUCCGGCACCAACGGCGCAGAGAGCCAGGUCCAACCUGCCUGAGCAGUUCAACCGGUCGCAGAACGGGACCCCCGACGCUAUCGCUCAGCCUCCCCCGCUGGCCCCCUGGGCCAAAGACCCCGGCCAGGAGGGGCAGAAGGGCCCCAGCCUGAAGGAAAUCCAGGAAGCCGAGGCACGCAAGGCUGCAAAGGCCGAAGAGGCUGCCGCUGCCAUGCGAAAGGCGGCGAUGGAGCAAGAGGCCGCCCUGCUGAGGGAGAGAGAGAAGUCGGCUGCCGCAGCCGCUGCGGCCGCCAACGCCGGUCUCCCAGCAACUAGCACUUGGGGCCAAAGCUCGCCGGUCUCGUCCGUCAGCCCUUGGGCUAAGCCUGGGGCUGCCAAGUCCAAGGGAAGCACCCCGAGCGCAGUGCCCGGGGCUGCUGUGACAAAGAAGACGCUGGCUGAGAUCCAACGCGAAGAGGAAUUGCGGAAGCAGAAAGCCAAGGAAGUCGCCAUCCAGAGCGGUGGCGGCGCUCCCAUCAACGCCGGCAAAAGCUACGCCAACCUCGCCGGCAAGCCGAAUCACACUGCCGCCCCGACGGUCCCCUCUCCCAUCCUGACCAGUGGAAGCGGUUGGGCCACUGUUGGAGCCGGUGGCAAGGUGAAGAGCCCGUCGACAGUUCCAUCUCAGGUGCAGAGUCGCUCAGCUAGCGUCAGCAGCGCCAAGCCUGCCCUGGCCACCCCCGUCAAACUGGUGCCCAAGUCCAUUGUGAACAAUGCUGGCUCGGCCAACACUGCCAUGGACGAGUUCAACAAGUGGGCUUACAGAGAGCUCUCCCGGGGAAUCACGGGCGUGAAUGAUAUCACGAGCUUCCAGGCAGAUCUCGCCGUCUUGCCCCUUGACACCGGGUUGAUUGCCGACGCUGUAUAUGCCAACUCCACCACGAUGGACGGGCGACACUUUGCUGAGGAAUACGUUCGCCGCAAGAAGCUGGCGGAGAAGGGCGUUGUUGAGAAGCAACCGCAGACGGAGAGCAAGGCGUCGAGCUCUGGCGGCGGCUGGAGCGAGGUGGCCAAGAAGAGCAACGUCUCGCAGGCCAAGGACACCGAGUCGGCGAUGCAGAGCGCCGACUUCAAGGUCGUCCCCGGCCGCAAGAAGGGCAAGAAAUAGGGUUCUUGUAGGAGC